AUGUUCCCGUAUUAUGAAGAGGCAUCCUCUUCUGUUAAAGGACCAACAAUUAUAUUGUUACGUUCGAUGAGAGAUGGGUUUGAAGAGGAAAAGAAUGACGCUAUCUACACCGACUGGGCCAAUCGGCACCUUUCGAAGGGAGCUCUAUCCAGGCCGAUUCGGGAUAUUUCGAAUGAAUUUCGCGAUUAUCGACUCGUCUCUCAACUUAUUAAUGUUAUAGAUUGGAAGAAUUUUGAAAAAAGUGGAGAGAAAAAUAGAAUUUAUUCUGAUAUUCUGAAACCUGUAACCGAAGGGUUCCUAAUUUUCAACAGCAUCUCUUUUUCUCUCUUACGAACCCAAAAACUAUCAUCCUAUUUUUCGCGCAUCUUGCCCAUUCCAAUCAACGAAUACUCGCCUACAUACACCAAAAGAUUGGCUAAAAUCACAUCGAAUCUAGAUGGUCUCGAAACGUGCCUCGACUACCUGAAAAACCUCGGUCUCGACUGCUCGAAACUCACAAAAACCGAUAUCGACAGUGGUAACUUGGGAGCAGUUCUUCAACUCCUUUUUCUUCUUUCCUCUUACAAACAGAAGCUUCGGCAACUGAAAAAGGAUCAGAAAAAGUUGGAACAGCUCCCGGUAACAACAACAACGACAGCCAUCAUGCCACCAGCGGUAUCCAAUAUCCCAUAUUCCAGGUUACCAUCUCCACGUGUUCCUCCAGCAUCUAAUCCUAAUUCAAAUUUUACUCAAAUGUCGACGUCACGUCUUCAGACUCCACAAUCUCGAAUAUCGAAACCAGAUUCGACAAAGAUUGGAAUCAAACCAAAGACGACGUCAGGACUCAGACCUCCAUCUACGACGUCUUCUAACACAAAUAUCAAUUCAUUUCGUCCGUCGAGCCGAUCAAGUGGUAAUAACAAUGUUGGUUCGACGAUAUCCACAUCUGCCAGAAGCUUAGGUACACACCUCAACAACCUAGGAUUUAUGCAAAUUUGUAAUCCCUUUCUAGACUCCUCCUCUGCCUACAGCUCCAUAUCCAAUCUCAGUCGUCCAACGCCUUCAUCUCAAAUUCAGAAGCCAACGUCGCGACUACAAACACAACAAGUCCGAGUGGCGACGACUACAAAGAUUGGAAGUUCCAAGUUGGCUGCUCCAAAAGCCGUCAGUACUCCGAAGCUUGCAUCCGUCAAGACUAUCAAAACAACGACAACGGAACACGAUAAUUCUGGAGGAAUGUUGAAGUUGAAAUUGUUUAGCAGCAAGAACGCAUCGUCUUCGAAUAACAGUCCACAGCCACUCAGAAAGGCUGAGCAGUCCAAAAUCGCGGCUCCUGUGAAAACUGGAUUGAAGCCUCCGACUAGUUCGACCAAUAAAUUGGGAAGCGCCACAUCUAUGUCCAAGCUUUGCACUCCCAAAGUAUCAUACCGUAAGCCCGAUACUCUUCUUCAUACAAAAUCCGACUCGAAAAGAUGUUCGAAAAGUAGUGAAGAAGAAUCCGGAUACGCUGGAUUCAACAGCACAUCGCCAGCGUCGUCAUCUACAGAAGGAUCUCUCAGUAUGCAUUCCACAUCUUCCAAGAGCUCCACAUCGGACGAAAAGUCUCCGUCGUCGGACGAUCUUACUCUCAACGCCUCCAUUGUAACAGCCAUCAGACAACCGAUUGCAACCAGCGCAGUUUCUCCAGUUAUCAGCAAACCUGUUGAGGAGAAGCCAACACUCGCAGUGAAAGGUGUUAGUGCAAGUAAGAAAGAUCCUCCACCUACAGUACCUGAACGGACCAACCAGCCAACAAUUGGAGUCGUCAGCCCGAUUAUGGCUCAUGAGAAGUUGCCGAGUGAAUCGACACCUUCCGAAAAGGUAGAUCCGAAUCCUGAGAAGAUUUCAUCCAUGUCCAUUGAUUGUGAUCUUCCACCGCCACCGACUCCUCUGAAAUCCUUGGAACGAGUUCCACCAAAAAUGACUCCGAUUCGUCAGCCACCAACCUACGAUGUUCUUGUAAAACAGGGAAAAAUCACAUCUCCUGUCAAGUCGUUCGGAUAUGACCAAGUCGAGUCGUCGGCUUCAGAAGACUCCAUCGUUGCUCAUGUUCAGAUGGCACCACCUGUUCAGAAGACGUCAGCAGGGCAGUCGUCGAUGGAGAGAAGAAUCCAGAAGAACAAGACUUCAGAAUCCAGCGGCUACGCUUCAGAUGCUGGAGUGGCGAUGUGUGCGAAGAUGCGUGAGAAGCUGAAAGAGUACGAUGACAUGACUCGUCGUGCACAGAACGGCUAUCCCGACAACUUCGAAGACAGUUCGUCUCUAUCUUCUGGCAUCUCAGACAACAACGAGCUCGACGACAUCUCAACGGACGACCUGUCCGGCAUAGACAUGGCGACAGUCGCCUCAAAACACAGCGACUAUUCCCACUUCGUUCGUCAUACAUCCUCAUCUUCAUCUCGUCCACGUGUCCCGAGCCGCCCAUCCACUUCAGUCGACUCUCGUUCCCGAGUCGAACAGGAGAACGUCUACAAACUUUUAUCACAAUGCCGCACCAGCCAACGUGGAGCUGCCACUGCGACCUCUUCAUUCGGUCAACAUUCUCUCCGAUCCCCUGGCUACUCCUCGUACUCUCCACAUCUGACAGUGUCAGCUGAUAAGGAUACAAUGUCGAUGCACUCACAAACCAGUCGGAGACCAUCGUCCCAGAAACCAUCUUAUGCAGGUCAAUUCCAUUCUCUUGAUCGUAAAUGUCAUCUUCAAGAAUUCACAUCUGCCGAACAUCGGAUGGCGGCUCUUUUGAGCCCUAGAAGAGUUCCCAACUCUAUGUCGAAAUACGAUUCAUCAUCAGCCACUACAGCAGCUGCCCUCAAUUCUUCGGGCAUGUCUCGUUCGAUGAUUCUCCUCGAAUCGCUUUCACCUCGUCCCCCACGCCGUCAUCAGUCACCUGCUGCAUCAUGCAUUGUCACAGCUUCACCAUCAACACGUCGAUCACACUCUCCACGCGCUCCCACCGCCCGUAUUCCACUUUCUCUUGCUUCGCCUGCCCAUAACAGUAAUAACAUCAGGGGAUCCUAUUCUGCUCGCUCGCGAGGUGGAUCGUCUACUGGAAUCUAUGGAGAACCAUUCCAGCUUCACCGUCUGUCAGAUGAGAAAUCGCCAGCUCACUCUGCUCGUAGCGAAAUGGGAUCCCAGCUGUCUUUGGCUAGCACCACGGCAUAUGGAACGCUCAAUGAGAAGUAUGAACAUGCAAUCAGAGAUAUGGCUCGUGAUCUGGAAUGUUAUAAAAACACGGUGGAUUCGUUGACCAAGAAGCAAGAAAAUUAUGGAGCACUGUUUGAUCUUUUCGAGCAAAAACUUCGAAAACUGACUUCCCAUAUUGAUCGGUCAAACUUGAAACCAGAUGAAGCGACAAGAUUCCGACAGGACAUUGCUCAUUUGAGAGAGAUUAGCAAUCAUCUGGCGACGAAUUCGAUGCAUGUUAAUGUGAGAUUAAAAAUGGAAGAUUCAGGAUCCUCAACUAGACAUUUUCAGGAAGGCGCUGGUGAACUUCUCCGUCAACCAUCUCUGGAAUCCGUUGCCUCUCAUCGAUCCUCCAUGUCAUCAUCUUCCAAGAGCAGCAAACAAGAGAAGAUCAGUUUGAGCUCAUUUGGAAAGAACAAAAAGAGCUGGGCGCUUUCCGUAGAUUCUCAGAUUCGCUCGUCACUGUCCAAAUUCACAAAAAAGAAGAACAAGAAUUACGAUGAAGGACACAUGCCAUCGAUAUCUGGAUCACAGGGAACUUUGGACAACAUUGAUGUUAUUGAAUUGAGACAAGAGCUGAAAGAGAGGGAUAGCGCAUUGUAUGAAGUCAGAUUGGAUAAUCUGGAUAGAGCAAGAGAGGUGGAUGUUCUUAAGGAGACUGUCAAUAAGCUCAAAAAUGAGAACAAGCAAUUGAAGAAAGAAGUUGACAAAUUGACAAAUACCUCAACUACCCGUGCUUCUUCCCGAGCCUCUCUCCCAUACAUCCAGGACGAUGAGCAUGUUUAUGAUCAUGCAUGCAGUUCCACUUCGGCCAGUCAAUCUUCCAAGAGAUCUUCUGGAUGCAACUCAAUCAAAGUUACUGUCAAUGUGGAUAUCGCUGGAGAAAUUAGCUCCAUUGUGAAUCCGGACAAGGAAAUAAUUGUUGGAUACCUUCCAAUGCCAGCCAACAAUUCUACAUGGAAAGAUAUCGAUGAUUCGAUUCUGGAUUCAUUCGAGAAGUAUCUUUCAAAAAUUGAUCUGGACCGCCAGCUAGGUCUAGAUGCCAAGGACGCUAUUUUCGGAUACCAGAUUGGAGAGCUUCGAAGAGUCAUUGGAGACUCUUCAACCAUUAUCACAAGUCAUCCAGUUGAUAUUCUCACUCCAACGACGACAAUCCGAAUGUUCAUGUACGGAGCAGCUCAAAGCCGUGUCGAUUCAAUGGUUCUGGAUAUGCUUCUUCCAAGACAAAUGAUCCUUCAACUCGUGAAAUCCAUCGUCACCGAACGACGACUUGUUCUAGCAGGAGCUACUGGAAUCGGGAAAAGCAAAUUGGCAAAAACACUUGCUGCUUAUGUCUCCCUUCAAACCAAUCAAUCAGAAGAUAAAAUUGUGAAUAUCACAAUUCCUGAAAAUAACAAAGAAGAACUUCUUCAAGUCGAACGACGUCUGGAGAAGAUUCUGAGAAGCAAAGAAGCAUGUGUCGUCACUCUCGACAAUAUUCCGAAGAACAGAAUCGCAUUCGUUGUUUCCGUUUUCGCCAACGUUCCUCUCCAGAAUAACGAGGGACCAUUCGUCGUCUGCACAGUAAACCGCUAUCAAAUCCCAGAACUCAAAACUAUUCCAAAUUUCAAAAUGUCAGUGAUGUCGAAUCGUUUGGAAGGAUUCAUUCUCCGUUAUCUCAGAAGACGUGCAGUCGAAGAUGAAUACCGUCUGAGUGUUCAAAUGCCAUCAGAGCUCUCCAGAAUCAUCGAAUUCUUCCCCGUGGCUCUUCAAGCAGUCAACAAUUUCAUCGAGAAAACCAAUUCGGUGGAUGUAACAGUUGGACCAAGAGCCUGUUUGAAUUGUCCAUUGACAAUUGAUGGAUCUCGUGAAUGGUUCAUCAGAUUGUGGAAUCAAAACUUCAUUCCAUACAUGGAGCGUGUCGCCAGAGAUGGCAAAAAGACCCUCGGAAGAUGUACUUCCUUCGAAGACCCAACUGACAUUGUCACCGAAAAAUGGCCAUGGUUCGAUGGUCCAAAUCCAGAAGACGUUCUGAAGCGUCUCCAACUCCAAGACUUGGCUCCAUCGCCUGCCAACUCAUCUCGCCAACCCUUCAAUCCCCUCGAGUCGUUGAUCCAAUUGCAUGCUACCAAGCAUCAAACCAUCGACAACUUCUGA